AAAAUCUUAUCGGAAUAUUAACCUCUAGCACUUACGCAUGGUUUUACACUAAUUUUUAUAAUAAUAGAAACCACAAUAACGGCAAUUAAUCAAAUUUACAGAAAAACGGCUGAAAGCUAAUCAAUAUCAUUAUGGAUGUUGAUAAAGUUAAUAAUAGUAUUGGUUUGUUUUAUGGACGUAAAACAGUUUCGAGCAGUUCCACGGAAGGUGAUAGCAAUGCGUUUAAUACAUACUGCAAUGCUUACGAAUCAGAACAACAUUGUCUUUCGAUAUUGGCACAACUAUUGGCCUGUAGGCAAGUGGCGUCAGGAGGAGGCCGAUGUUAUAAAGUGGAUACAGAAAUGCUCCUUGAUCAUACAUCGAAGCAGGCUGUUCUGAUUAAAUUAUGCCAUAUAUUUUGCACGGUUGUUGUAACUCUAAUAGCUGCCGCCAUGUCUCGUAUUAUAACGCAAAAGAUGUCAUCAAUGCUGAGAUGUAGACAUUGGUUAAAGUUUUUCAUAGAAUUCAUUUUGAUAACUUUGCCGUCGGUGAUUAGCGUUAAUAUAGCGAAUGCUUAUGUAGAAUAUUUUGGCUGCUUAGCGGUUGUUUUAUUUUGUGCAUUAAUAUGGUGGAAGAAAUGUGAUCAAUAUGUAAUGGGCAGAGAGUUUGAAUUUGGGCGUAGGCCGCAAGUAUUUACUCUGUUACGCGCCACUAUCAGUUAUUUAACAGUGCUUUGUAUACUAGCGAUAGAUUUUGAGAAUUUUCCGAAAUUUUUUCGAAAAACACAUCGUUAUGGGGCCAGUCUUAUGGAUACCGGUAUUGGAUUAUUUGUAUUCUCAAUGGGUAUAGUAUCUCAAAGGCUCCAAAAAUCCUCGCAAUUGAACAGACUCCUGCUCCCGGUGGGUUGCAUACUUACAUUGGGCCUACUCAGAACUACGGUACUAGCAUUUAUUGACUACCGGCAGGAUGAACGUGAAUACGGUGUUCAUUGGAACGCUUUCUUUACUUUAGGUUUUACAAAACUUAUUGGCACUUUUUUAUCUGCAGUAGCUAAAUCUGACGGCCAGUUAUUGGCUCUUGGACUGUUUGUACUUGGCAUACAUGAAGUCGCCUUACAAAGUGGUUUGCAAUUAUUUGUCAUGGAUUCGAAUAUAUCACGUGAUACAUUUGCGACAGCCAAUCGUGAAGGUUUGUGCUCGUUACCUGGAUUUGUUGCUCUUUAUAUUGUUUCUGUUCAUUUUGGUAAACAUUUUCAAAUCAGAGAGACCCUUACAUUUUCGGACCUUAAGAAAAUACUCAAAUCGUUAAUAAUUGGAAUUUGUGUCACCAGCUUUUUGGUCGUUCUAAGUGUAACGUCGGUUGGUAUAGCGAGGGUUACUUGCAAUGUUGGUUACGUCGUUUGGAUACUGAAUAUAGCCGCUGGUAUGAGUUUUUUAUAUAUUGUGGUAUUUGACCUAGCUUUGGAUACACUAUGGCCGAGUUCACCCAAGAUGGCAGAACACAGUGAUCGCGACAGUUGUUGUAUUUUAAGUAAUCAUAUGCAUACAAGAGUUCCUUUAAUAAUGCAAGCAGUAAACUAUAACGGUUUAACUUUCUUCUUGAUUGCAAAUCUCUUGACUGGUGCUGUAAACAUAUAUUUAAAGCCAGAAGAAAGAAAUGACGCGGAAAGCAUAUUUAUUUUAAUGGUUUAUAUGUUCUUAACUACUACCGCAAUGUUUAUUUUAUAUAAAUUUAAAAUAAGAAUCGCUUAGGGAAAGCGAAAGAGCAAAUGAGGUUUAAGAGAACAGGAAAAUCUAAAAGUGCUACUUAAAGAGCAUUGUUGUUGGUCUGUUGUUAUAUUACUUUGUUUUAUGCGUGUUACUUGAAUGAAACUAUCUUUUUUAUACAAGAAAAAGUUGUUACAUAUAUUUUUAUGAAUUAUAUUUGUAUAAAGAUGUUCACCUUAUGUUGUUUGUCAUUCCUCAAUUCUUCUUAACAAUUAUUUAUUUACUUUAU